CUAAAAAUUUCUCUUAUUACAGUGACGUUUACGAAAAAUCGAAAGAGAAAGCCAUUCAUUUAGACCCUUCACGGCCACGUAGAGCACAGACAGCCCUGUCUACACGGCUAACCCGAAAAACUCAAACUUGUUCUGUAAAAGUAUAUUUCCGGAAAGUUUGAGAUGGCAGAUGAAUCGGAAUCUGGGGGUGAUAUGGAGGAGUUUUCUGACACCACCGACGCCAAGCCGGACAGAAAAGGGCGAUUCUUGCUGUUUGGGGGUAAGAAGAAAAAGGAUGGCCAGACGCUGGAUCAGGACCACUCCUCUGAGAGCCAUUACAGAAUCGUUUCACCAACAUUCCAGUAUAAGAUGAGCCACCAGCGAGUGGGCAAGUGCGUCAUCAUCAACAACAAGAACUUCGACGAGAAAACAGGGAUGAAUGUAAGGAAUGGAACAGACCGAGAUGCAGGAGAGCUCUUCAAAUGCUUCAAGAGCCUGGGCUUUGACGUGGUGAUUCACAAUGACCAGACCUGUGAGAAGAUGGAGAGGCUGUUGCGUGACGCCUCGGAGCAGGAUCACAGUGACAGUUCAUGUUUCGCCUGCAUCCUGCUCAGUCACGGUGAGGAGGGCAUGAUCUACGGCACGGACGGAGCCAUGCCCAUCAAGAGCAUCACCUCCCUCUUCCGGGGAGACAUGUGCAAGAGCCUGGUGGGCAAGCCCAAGCUCUUCUUCAUCCAGGCUUGCCGGGGUUCGGAGUUUGAUGAUGGGAUACAGACAGAUUCUGGGCCUCCGAACGAGACGCUGGAGACAGACGCAAACCCCAGACACAAAAUCCCAGUGGAGGCUGACUUCCUGUUCGCCUACUCCACUGUGCCAGGUUACUACUCGUGGAGGAACCCGGGCCGUGGCUCCUGGUUCGUGCAGGCGCUCUGCAACGUCCUCAACGAGUUCGGCAAGCAGCUGGAGAUCAUGCAGAUCCUCACCCGCGUCAACUACAUGGUGGCGACCAACUUCGAGUCGUGGUCAGAGGACCCCCGCUUCAGCGAGAAGAAGCAGAUUCCCUGCGUGGUCUCCAUGCUCACCAAAGAACUCUACUUCAACUAACCGACCGCCAACAACCGCCAGCGACCGGUCACACAUUCAGGGAUGACCAAGACCCCCCCCAGGCAUUACCGUGACCGCGUCGGUGCGGGAGACUGUGGCGCGGUCACGCCGGGGGGGGGGCAACACAGCCCACCACUUCCUGUUCAGUGGCACUCUUCAGCGUAAACGUGUUGGUGAUAACUUGCCUCUCGAGGUUAUCCUUGGAUUCUGUCACAUGACCUUUGUUGCUAAGCAGUGCAGGAUAUCUGUGUGAUUCUCCUGGCCCAGAAACAAUGUGAUGCAGUAACCCCUCGGCAGCCAAUCGGAACACUCCUCUCCUACAAACUCAGUCUGUGUAUUCUGUAGAGAUAAUGAUUUUGCAGGAAUCUUGCCUCAAGCGCAGAAGCUAUGCAGUUGCUCUUAGAGGAGGCUCAUACAGUGAGGAUGAAACCCGAACACAGAGCAGAGACUCUCUGAGGUGAGCAGUGAACUCAGUCACAGUGCUACUCCAUCAGUCCCAGAAUGACUGGAGCCACCGUGUGUGAGGGAGACUCCCUGAUUCAUGUCAAUAUUAACCGAUCACAGUUUCACUAUGGAGAGCAGAGUCCCCUGAUUGGUUUAUACAAGAGAAUGAUUUGCAGCCCACGGUGGCUCCACCCAUUGCGGGGAUCAUGAAGCCUCAUUUCUCCCAUGUUUUUACUCACAGGCAUAAGUGUGGAUGAUAAAUCCAGCCCUGAAAUUCACAGGAGGCAUCCAGAAAAACUUGCAAACCUUUAUCUGAUUCCAGGACCUGCGCACAUCACAACUAAUCAAUUAUGUAAUCAUUUCAGUGUGUCCUUCACAAAAAGACCUGCAUUUUACAGAGUAAACGCAUUGAUUCUGAGGAGAAUGAGUCAGGGAAGCCAAAGGGAAUUCGCCCCGGAAACGACGCAGUGCGCUUUCCGUUUGAAUGAAGUGCCCUGAAAGCGCAGGGGACAGAUGACCCUGGGUUAUCAUCCAGAUUCCCUUCAGUCUCUGCAGUAUCUGUGGGAAGUCUGUCACCUCAUGUUCUGCUGGGAUACCCAGGUAAUCAGGUAACUGCGUUAUACCUGUGCAUCCUGCCAUUUCACGCCACAGGCGUUGGGCCACGCCCUCUGACUCACACCGGACAGGUCUCGUCUCCAGCGUUGCAGUGAGAUCGAUGCGUUUAAUCCGUGAAUUUCAGCCGGCUGGAAUGACACUGCCUCUGUUCCUGCCACAGACGCAGAGAAUGGGCUACACCAACACUCGGCUAUAGUGAAGUGCACACACAUCCACUUAGUCAAUCCAGUCAAUCUGACUCAAACCAGUGGCAUGUGCAUAUACUUACAUACGCAUAUUCUUCCUGUAUGUGUAUAUGUAAAAUAUAUACACAUUUCAUGGAUUCAUUUGCGUGUCCCUCCAUGUUUUUAAUGUUCAAAGCACAAAUGCCCACUUUGUUGUAUAUCCUUCCUGAGUGAGGCAGAUAUCUGCAGUAUCUUCUGUGAGCAGUAAAGCUGCGUAGCGUUGAUUACUUUAAAUAUUACAUAUUUAACUUUCCUUUUAUUAACCAUCAUAUGUGUGGCGGUAACCCUACACGUUGUAUUAUGCUCAAUAUCUUUUAGGGUGGAUCAGUACAUGUUUGCUAUAGCAACACAAACAUUUUAGCAGAAAAGAAUAAGCCUCAAAUUAUAAGAAGGCACUGAGACUGAGCAGGUGGAGUCUGGCCAGGUAUCUGCUGGGGCCAGAGGCUGUUAACACACACACACACACACACACACACACACACACACACACACACACACACACAUUUCCUGGGAUUCAAAGGUCCUGAUUUCAUAUUCGCUGCGUAUUCCUUCCAAAGUCAGAAACCCAGUUUGUUAAUCUACAGAGGCAGCUAUUGCUGGUGGUUCCUUUUUCAAUGACAUGUCUAGCCAUUCUAAACCCACUGUUCCAACCAACACAUAACAUUAUCACAACAUUGCUGUAGCAGUGACGUAGCGUUUCUGCAACGCUGGAGUAACGCCAGGGUGUUACGUGUCGGCUGGGAUUCAUUCAGCAUGUUCUUUUUUCAGUCUGUUAGUCUGUUUUUAUUUUCACUUUUUUAUUUUUAAUUUGAAACAUUUUUAUGAUUACACUGUAGAUCUAUAAGCUUCGAGAUGGUGCAGAUGGCAUCUUCAUGGUUCUUAUUUGGCAGAUUUAAGCCAAAUGUGCAGAUAUCCCGCGGUGAAAGAACUCUCAGUUACCCUGGACACGCAUGUGGACGAGGUCUCCAGCAUCCAUUACAGACCUGCAUAUGCAGUGACCAUCGGUCAGCAGUCUGUCAUUUUGAGGUCACUCCAUGAUAACGCUGGAUGUGUUGCUGAAGGAGUGUUUGCUCCAGUUGUUUUGGAAUGGACUUGAAGGGAAAGUAAUCUUUUAGGAAAUAAAAUGAAGUGUUAAUGCUGUUGUCCUCAGGAAUAUAUCUCAGAUCUGUUUGGAGCUAUGAAUAUGGUGUUGGGACAGGUGCAGAUUAGUUCAAAUUUCAGGAGUAUGGCUGGAAUCUAAGACUUUAUCACCCACUGUAUUUUGGAGAAAAUCUACAGCAAAAAAAAAAAAAA